AGGAGGUGGGGGGGAGAGAUUGUUUGAGCGCGAGGCGCCGGCGCGCGGGAGACAAACGGAGAGCGGGAAAGGGAGAGGAGACAGAGCGAGGCACGGCCGAACCGCACAGCCCACCUUCAUCAGCACGUGUGUUUGACCAUUUUCUAUCAUGGCGAAGGUACAGAUCCUCAACAUGGUGGUCUUGGAUAACCCUUGCCACUUCCACAACCCUUUUCAAUUUGAAAUCACCUUUGAGUGCAUAGAAGACCUGCCAGAUGAUUUGGAGUGGAAAAUAAUCUAUGUGGGGUCAGCAGAAAGUGAGGAGUAUGACCAAGUGCUGGAUUCUGUGCUUGUUGGGCCUGUGCCUGCUGGACGCCACAUGUUUGUGUUCCAGGCGGAUGCCCCCAACUCCACUUUAAUACCGGAGUCCGAUGCUGUAGGGGUUACUGUGGUACUAAUUACCUGCACAUAUCGAGGUCAAGAGUUUAUCAGAGUUGGUUAUUAUGUAAACAAUGAGUAUUCAGAUCCAGAACUGAGAGAAAAUCCACCUCUUAAGCCAGAUUUUACCCAGCUCCAGAGAAACAUCCUGGCAUCAAACCCUCGUGUGACACGCUUCCACAUCAAUUGGGAGUCUGUUGGCGAAUCAAAAAUGGAAGAUAUUGAAAAUGUAGACCCGGCACCUAAUUCUAUGCUGCCUCCUACUUGUGCUCCCACCAAGGGCCUUUCAGGUGCACUUAACACCAUUCCAGAGAACUCUAUGGACUGUAUAUGAUUACAUUGACAGCUGGAGCAUGUGAGCCAUGCACAGGAGUCUACUUGCAGCCCCCUACUCACUGAGAUCAAAGCAAAACACAGACUUGCAAUGAGAGACUACUGCAAUAGUUGCUCAUCUCAUUGCUGAACAUUAUUGGUGUUCAGUCACCUACUCAUCUUGAAGACAACUCACUUUUCUGAUUCAAAUUGUUUAGUCUAAAUUUUGCCUUUUAUUUAGUGUAUUGUUUGGGGUUGCUGCCUAGCUAUUUGUAUUUUUUUUUCUAUAUAUAUGUAUCUAAGAGACAAGAUGAAAGGCUUGUGACUGUCGUCUAUCAAGUGCCACUGCCAUCUUUUACCCCAUCUCCAGUUUACAGGGAAACUACUAGUAUCUUGGCACCAGCAUCCUUCUUUUAGCAGGCAGCUUACUCAAACGUCAUUCAAUGCAUUUCUUCCUGUUUUUUCAAGCAACCCCUGUGUGGAUAAGACACCGCAUAACUACUGAUCUGUGACAGCAGUAGCCUGAGUGUAGUCCUUUAAUGAUGUAUUAUAUAACUUUGACCGCUAUGUUACAUUGUUACUCAUGCUCCAUGCUACUGCACACAGUUAGGUAGUCCACUUCAGUGUACAUACUGUUCGCUACCAUACUUGACUUAAUAAUUUUGAUACAGGCACUUGACUUGCACAGGUACCAAUAUGCAGUUUCUAUGAAGACUUACAUUAUAAUGCUCACUUAAUACUUAAGUAGUAAAGCUACAGUGUUUCAUGCCAAGAUCAAUGAUUCCAGAGCAUCCCAUCCACAUGCUGUUUUUUUGUUUUUGCAUCAGAGAAUUCAGCUUUGACAGUUUCUUUUGAAUACUUUUCUAAUUCUACCUGUUAACGUCUUAUUCUCCACUAAACCCAUGCAAAAUCUGUGGCAAUAAGGCUCUCACCAACAAAUGCUUUGUAAAUGUAAUCCGUUGAAACCAUUACCCCAUCAGCUAACAUUUUAUUUAUGUUUGUGGAUCUCCACACUGCCAUGAAUUUCAUGGAGAGAGCAUUGUUUUGAGCUCCCUUCUCAAGGUUUGUCUGACUUUGUACUUUGUGUAUGGCUCGUUUCUAAACGGCCAACGCAAACUUUUUUUCCUUGUGUUAAUUUUUUUUAUUAUAUAUAUUUGUAUAUAUAUAUUGUGAGUAGUAAUAUGUUGAAAUAAAAGCACUUAGACAUAUUACUUA